AUGUUUUUGGAUUUAUCAAGACAUUUAGGUGAAAGUUCAACUUGGGCGUAUGAAGCAUCUUACGGUCGUGGCUAUGUAUUCCGAUUAAAAAAUCCGUUGAAAAUUCGAUCCGUACAAUUAGAAGCAUCAGUACAUGGACAAGUAUUUAUUUACGUAGUAAAUAAUUCUGGUAUCAUUGUCAACAAAGCAUCUCUUAUUUCAAAUGAUAUAACUAUGAAAUGGACAACGAUUCCAAUCAUCGCCGAACUAAACACUGACUAUUCUAUUUUAGUCUGGUCGCCAAAUAUAAAUGGACGAUUUUCGUACAAAAAAGAUGAUAAUAAUUUUCGUACAAUUGAUUCAGAAUGUUCGAUUGAAAACCGGCAACCAAUUAUGUCAUCGUCUAAUACAUAUCAACUUGAUUGUGGUGGACGAGCUUGUCCCAUUUGUGGCAAAUGUCGUGAUUGGUAUUGGGAUAAAGGUAGUCGUUAUCUUUAUUUCUGUACCAUUAAGUCGACCUCAACAGGUGAACAUAAUCUUGGUUUUCAAGAAGCUGGUUGGCAACGUCGCCAUACAGGUUGCUAUUAUGGUCCUGGUGCUGUUUAUCAUGAUGUUCUUCAUAAUGGCUGCUAUCAUAGUUUAUGUGUUUGCGAAAAACGCAGAAAAAACUAA